CGAAUAAAGACCCUCGCCAGAGGACUCUCAGCUGCUCUGCCUUCUGCCCCUCGAGGUGACCAGCUUUGCCUGCCUGUGGCCCCCUCCCCUGUCUCCAGCACGAUGCCCCCCAAAAAACCUGAGCUGAAAAAAGCUGAGCCCAAAAAGGAGGAACCCAAGCCCAGCCCGAAACCGGCUCCUCCACCUGAGCCAGAGCGCAAAGAAGUGGAGUUUAAUCCAGCCAACAUCAAAGUGGAAUUUAAUCAUGAUCAAAUUGAAGAAUUCAGGGAGAUUUUUGAACUCUUCGACCGGACUCCAAAAGGUGAAUUGAAAAUCACUUAUGGGCAAUGCGGGGACGUCUUGAGGUCCUGCGGGCAGAAUCCCACCCAGGCGGAAGUCCAUAAAGUCCUUGGACGCCCAAAACCAGACGAAAUGAACAGCAAGAUGUUGGAUUUCGACACGUUCCUGCCCAUGCUCCAGCACAUCGCCAAGACCAAAGACACGGGGACGUUUGAGGAUUUUGUGGAAGGCCUGCGUGUCUUUGACAAAGAAGGAAACGGGACGGUGAUGGGAGCCGAACUCCGCCACGUCUUGGCAACCCUGGGAGAAAGAUUAACCGAGGAAGAAGUUGAUAAAUUGAUGGCUGGCCAAGAAGACUCCAACGGGUGUAUCAAUUAUGAAGCCUUUGUGAAACACAUCAUGGCAAGUUAAAAUGGCAGCCCUGCGAACACCAUGAAAAAUCAAAAGUAAUGAUUGUUUACUUUCUUACGGGAUGGAGGUUUUGGAUGUCUUCAGAUGGACCUAAACUCCGCCUAGUUACUCCUCACUCCAACCCUACUAUCUUGUCCUGUCCUCCCUGCCGUCAACUUGCAAAUUGUAUCUCCCCAGCCUCUGAGGAAGACUUCCGCUACUCCUCAUGGGGACCUUGCAACAUCUAAGUUCUCUGCAGGACGCAAUUUGCAAUUACAUUGCCUGUACUACCUGUAGUAGUGGAUGAGUUGUUUACUACUCUGAAAAUUGGUCCUCGAAACGAUUAAAAGUGCUGAAUAUGA